AUAAAAUUAUUUUUGUUUCAUAUCAAGAAAUGGAUGAAAAGAGGCUGCUGGAUCCAGGGUUGAAGGUUCAAAGAGGCCUCUGGAAUUAUACUCUGAAGAACCAGCAGAUGGAACGCCUGAGUGACUGAAGAAGAUGGGUGCUAAUGCAUCUAACUAUCCUCAUUCAUGUUCCCCAAGGGUAGGGGGAAAUUCACAGGCCCAACAGACGUUUAUAGGGACAUCAUCCUAUUCUCAGCAAGGCUAUGGUUGUGAAUCAAAAUUGUAUAGCCUUGACCAUGGCCAUGAGAAACCACAAGACAAAAAAAAGAGAACCUCUGGCCUUGCCACCCUCAAAAAGAAGUUUAUUAAGCGUCGAAAAUCUAAUAGGUCUGCUGAUCAUGCCAAGCAGAUGCGAGAACUCCUCUCUGGGUGGGAUGUUAGAGAUGUCAAUGCAUUAGUGGAGGAAUAUGAGGGAACUUCAGCCUUAAAGGAGCUUUCUCUGCAAGCCAGUUUGGCUAGACCAGAAGCCAGGACAUUGCAGAAAGAUAUGGCUGAUCUUUAUGAGUACAAGUAUUGUACUGAUGUAGACUUAAUAUUUCAAGAAACUUGUUUUCCUGUACAUCGUGCCAUUUUGGCAGCAAGAUGUCCAUUUUUUAAAACACUGCUUUCUUCCUCACCUGAGUAUGGGGCAGAGAUAAUAAUGGACAUCAAUACAGCUGGUAUUGAUAUGCCCAUGUUUUCUGCUUUGUUACACUACCUUUAUACGGGAGAGUUUGGAAUGGAGGACUCAAGGUUCCAAAAUGUCGAUAUCCUUGUUCAGCUUAGUGAAGAAUUUGGAACACCAAAUUCCCUUGAUGUAGAUAUGCGUGGACUUUUUGAUUACAUGUGUUAUUAUGAUGUCGUCCUUAGUUUUUCUUCAGACUCUGAACUGGUUGAAGCUUUUGGUGGAAAUCAGAACUGUUUAGAUGAAGAGCUCAAAGCCCACAAGGCUAUUAUUUCUGCACGGUCCCCAUUUUUUCGAAAUUUAUUGCAAAGGAGGAUACGGACUGGUGAAGAAAUCACAGACCGAACUUUGAGGACUCCCACAAGAAUUAUAUUAGAUGAGUCCAUUAUACCAAAAAAAUAUGCAAAAGUGAUAUUACACUGUAUGUAUACCGACAUGGUGGACCUCUCUGUUUUGCACUGUAGCCCCUCUGUGGGGAGUCUCAGUGAAGUUCAGGCUCUCGUCGCAGGGAAGCCAAACAUGACCAGGGCAGAAGAAGCCAUGGAACUUUACCACAUAGCACUGUUCUUGGAAUUUAACAUGCUUGCACAAGGCUGUGAGGAUAUCAUUGCUGAGAGCAUCUCAUUAGAUACCUUAAUUGCCAUCCUCAAGUGGAGCUCUCAUCCAUAUGGCUCUAAAUGGGUGCACCGACAAGCUUUACAUUUCCUCUGUGAGGAAUUUUCCCAGGUCAUGACUUCGGAUGUUUUUUAUGAACUCAGCAAAGACCAUCUGCUUACUGCUAUCCAGUCUGACUACCUACAGGCAAGUGAGCAGGAUAUCCUUAAAUAUCUGAUUAAAUGGGGAGAGCAUCAGUUGAUGAAAAGAAUAGCAGAUAGAGAGCCAAACUUACUGAGUGGCACUGCCCAUAGUGUGAACAAAAGAGGUGUAAAAAGACGAGACCUGGACAUGGAAGAGCUGAGAGAGAUCCUUUCUUCUCUCUUACCUUUUGUGCGAAUUGAACACAUCUUACCUAUAAACAGUGAAGUCUUAAGUGAUGCAAUGAAAAGAGGCUUGAUCAGUACUCCUCCAUCAGACAUGCUUCCCACAACAGAAGGUGGAAAGUCAAAUGCCUGGUUACGGCAAAAAAAUGCUGGCAUAUAUGUUCGUCCUCGGCUGUUCUCUCCCUAUGUGGAAGAAGCAAAGUCAGUGCUAGACGAGAUGAUGGUGGAACAAACAGAUCUUGUGCGUUUGCGAAUGGUUAGAAUGUCCAAUGUGCCAGACACACUCUACAUGGUCAAUAAUGCCGUGCCACAGUGUUGUCAUGUGAUCAGCCACCAGCAGAUCAGCAGUAACCAGUCAAGCCCUCCUUCAGUUGUAGCCAACGAAAUUCCAGUUCCUCGUCUCCUCAUUAUGAAAGACAUGGUCAGACGACUACAGGAACUCCGACACACCGAGCAGGUGCAGAGGGCCUACGCGCUGAACUGUGGGGAAGGCGCCACUGUCAGCUAUGAGAUUCAGAUCCGAGUACUAAGAGAGUUUGGCCUUGCAGAUGCUGCUGCAGAACUAUUGCAGAAUCCUCACAAAUUCUUUCCUGAUGAACGUUUUGGGGAUGAAAGUCCACUCUUGACAAUGAGACAGCCUGGGAGAUGUCGCAUUAACAGUACCCCUCCUACCGAAACCAUGUUUACAGACCUGGACUCUUUUGUGGCCUUCCAUCCACCCUUGCCCCCUCCACCACCUCCCUACCAUCCCCCAGCUACCCCAAUCCACAACCAACUCAAAGCAAGCUGGAAACAAAGACCUCCCAGUCAGCAUCCUUCACGUUCAUUUUCUUAUCCCUGUAAUCAUUCGCUGUUCCACUCCAGAACAGCUCCUAAAGCUGGCCCUCCCCCAGUCUACUUGCCGGGCAUUAAAGCAGCACCACCUGAUUGUACCAACACCGCAGGUCUGGGGAGGCAGACAGUGGCUGCUGCUGCUGCUGCCGCUGCCACCUCAGCAACAGUAGCAUCUGAGAAACAAGUGCGAACACAGCCUGUGCUGAAUGAUCUGAUGCCAGACAUUGCCGUGGGUGUGUCCACACUGUCACUCAAGGACAGGAGGCUUCCAGAGCUUGCUGUAGACACAGAAUUAAGCCAGUCAGUUUCUGAAGCAGGACCAGGGCCUCCCCCGCAUUUGUCGUGUAUUCCACAGAGGCAUACACACACUUCUCGGAAAAAACACACACUAGAGCAAAAAACAGAUGCUAGAGAAAAUCAGCAGGAAUACCCGGAUUUCUAUGACUUCUCUAACGCUGCUUGCAGACCUUCUACUCCUGCUCCUGGCAGACACACUCCUUCUCCUUCGCAAGGUGGAUAUUUUGGUCCUGAUUUGUAUAGCCACAAUAAGGCAUCACCAAGUGGCUUAAAGUCAGCCUGCCUCCCUAGCCAGACCUCUCCUAAAAAACAGGAAGAACCUAGGAGAGAAUAUCCACUUUCCCCUGAUGGGCAUCUACACAGACAAAAGAACGAGCCAAUACACCUGGACGUCGUCGAGCAACCUCCCCAGCGGUCAGACUUUCCUUUGGGAGCGCCAGAAAAUGCUGGUACUGGCCCAGCCCACGUCAGGGGACGAACCACAGUAGAAGCUGACUUGACUUUUGGGCUGACUCCUAACAGACCUUCACAUUCUGCAUGUAGCUCUGAAGCUCCAGAAGAGAGAUCCAGUAGAAGACUGGCAGACAGUGAGUCCCUGGGCCAUGGAGCUCAGAGAAACACAGAUUUGGAAAGGGAAGAUUCAGUUAGCAGAGGAAGGAGGUCACCAAGCAAGCCAGACUUUCUCUACAAAAAGUCUGCCCUCUGAGAGCAACAUUCAAGUCGUCUGUGCCUGAGAUGUGAAACAUCCCAUUCUAUGAUGUAACCCAACAACUUACCAGUUUAUCGAUGCCAGCUGAUAACUCAGUUUCACAUUACUUUCUUCUGAUUUUUAUGUGUGUAUAUAUGUUUAUUAGACAUGGCAUGCUAAGAGGGGUUUUUUGUUUUAAUGCUGCAUCUGUCUAUUUUGUGUUUGAACAAUUGUGUGGGAAAGCAUUUUUUAAGAGCAAGCAAGCUGGCACUUUUUUUCUCUUUACAAAUGGAAUUUUUUUGCACUUGUACUUAUUUUAUCUGUAUUGAUUUUAUAUCAGUAUGUUAAACUUUAUUGCCACAUUUAAAGGACUGUAUUUUCAUACUCUUUUGCAUUUUACCUUUCAUCUACCAAUCCAUGUGCAUUGGAUUGCACACUAAGAUGUAUUUUCUUAUGAAAUAGUUCUGUGUUUAUUUUUUAAUUAUAGAAAUUCCAAAGAACAGCACAUCAAAAUGCUCCUCUCUUUUCAGUAAUUGUUUUAGUUCAAACAUAUUCCUGCUCAGUCUCCAUAAAUCUCGUGUCAUUUUUGUUUAAUAAGUCCUGGAAGCUGGUCUUCACUCCCCCAGUAGGAGUCCAGUCAGGGUCCUGCAGUUUGCUGGUUCAGUAAAGAACAGGAAGGAGAGAAGCCUUUUGUCCCAGGCUCACUCCAUUGCUUUAUUCACAACGUGGGCACUGUCAGAAUCCCUGCAAAGUCUGGUAGUAGGGAUUAGAGUGUCACUAGAUAAGUUAUCUUUAGAGAUCAGAUCCUUGGCAUUACAAAGCAGUGGAAAUAGUGAAAUAACUUCCAAAGUCACACUGAUGGGAUUUCAGGUCCUGAGCAUCAGCUCUCAGCUGCGACGUUGAAUUGACUGCUUGCUGCCUUCAGUUGUCUUGCUCUCUAGGGAAAAAAACAAAAAAACAAAAGGGCUUCAGUCUUACGGAUGUUAUUUGGUGUUUGUAAGCAUAUGUUUUCUUUUGGAUGUUUUUCUGAGUAUGUCUGCAUCUUGGUGUCCUAUACAAAGUUGUUGUAUAAUGCAUAAUGCUUUGUCACCAAAAGAAAAAAAUUAUUUUCAGUUAAACACUACAUGUCCUACUUGAACACUAGGGACGCUGGUUUGGCAUUUACUGAACCACUGAGCACAUGGGAUCUUUUAAGAUCCUCUCCCUUGGAAGGGCAACGUGUGAGCUAAGGACUGUUUUUUUCUUACUCUCCAAUGUAAAUAUAUUAGUAUUUGAGUUUUUAAAUCACUUCAACAUUAUUUGAGCUUUCACUUUGUGUUUUUACAAACAUACAUACACAGCCGUAGCACUUAGAAGAAAAGAGACUUUCUGAACAUUCCCUCCCAUGAAGGAUAUUUGGGAACCUCUUUUCUAUGUAUGUAUAUAUAUAUAUGAAACUAUGAAUCACUCACACUCACUCUAAAACUAUGCAGGGCUAGGGAGCCUUUACAAGCUACCAUAUAAAUGAAUUACAUGCACUUUGAAGUAAAUAGGUUUCUAUUGGGUGUCAACAACUCUAAUUUCUCCCUAAACUGUAGUUUCUCUUACAAUCUUUUCCUACUUUACCCUGUGGAUAUACACUCAGGAAUAAUCUGACAUUUUUUUAAAAUCCUAACAGUAGAUAGUCUCAAAGAUGGGAACUUGUCUGUGUGUCUGUACACACCGCAAACUGCCGCCACUUGUUCUGCUGCCUGACUAGUUAGCUGCUGCUAGUGCACUUGUGAUGCUGGUGACGGUGCAGACGAGCUCCCAGUCUCCCAGAGUUAACACUCGGCUACUGUAGGGUUGGCUACGCAUCACCUUGGGGGCUCCUUUUUUAAGACAGAAAAACAUAGGACUCUGUUCUCAUUUGUAAGAGGUUUAACUUUCAUAAUAGUUGAUGGUGUCUUUUAAAGCCCACCCUCAGUCUGUCUCUCUUCUGAAACAAGAGCUGUUAAUUCCAUCAUAUUCCGUAAUAUGUAUUUAUAUAUGUGUGUGUUGACAUGAAGUGUUUUGAUAUAGUUUUAAAUUUCUGUUCCAAAUCAGACUAUACUAUGCUGAUACUGCAGAUAAGAAUGAGUAGCCCUAAUUUGGAUGGGGAAAAAACUUUCUCAUCUCUGACCUGUUUUGUUCUGUUGUUGUUUGUUGGUUUUUUUCCCCCCAAAUGUUAGAACAGGGCUGUUGACCCCACACAUUAAUUUUUCUGAAAAUUCAUGAAGUAUUCUUUCAUUCCCUAAAACAUAAUUAUAAAAUAAGUGACCACUCUAAUUUAUGAAGUUUGCUUUUAAUGGUUUAGUAGCUUACCUGGCUAAACUAUGUAUAAAGGGAAAACUUGCUUUAAUCUGUGGGAUUGUGGACUGAGGUGACUUGCGGAAGAUAAACAAAUGUGGGUUUUAUGUGCAUUAGGGUGGUAGGUGUCAGUGAACUUUUAAUGUAUCUUGUGAAGUAUGAUUAAUAGGCUAGGUUGAAUAGCCAUGUGCCUCUGGCUUUUGAACCCACCUAUAAUAUUAAAUCUUUUUUAAUGCCGUACUAAGAUAAAUGUGAAGUAUGAGUGAGGUUGCUCUCAGAAAAAAAAAAGUUAUAUGUAUAAUAUAAAAUUUAGGCCGUGGGAAAUGGCAUUUUACUUGGUAUAGAAGUUUAAUGAGAACCAAAUCACAAAAAUACCAGAUCUCCUUUUGAGGCCAAGGACAAUCAGGCCAAUGAGACAAUCACCACUCCCGGUGCCCGCUGUGUGUUGAGGUCAGAGAACUGCCAUUCAGAUGUUAGAGCAGAAAGAAAAGAUUCGAGUCUCUUAAAGAUGUUGUUGGUCUUUCUCCUAUGUUAUUGUUUUAGUUUUGUGAUCUUGGUGAAUAAUUUACGUUCAGAGUCACCUGUGGCUCCUGAGGAAAAAAAUAGCAGCAUUAAAGGCAAAAAUUAUCGAAAACAUUGUUCAAGUUCUCCACGCCCAUUCUCACAUGCCCCCUUUAGCUUUAUUUCUAGAAACCCUGGCCCUAAGCCAGCCUGAUGUUUCAAUAACCCAUUAGGCUUUAAGGAUUUUUAGUGAGUUUUUUAUAUUCACAUCUUUUUGUAGAAUUCUCUAUGAAACUUUACCUAAUUCUCGUUUUUGCUUCCUCAGAAACUCUGUUUUUGUUACACUUGUCAUCCUUUAUUGGGUUUUCUUUUGAUUUGUUGUUGAAGCUCUAGUAAUGGGCAUAAUACAUGUACAUCUGAACUGAGACGAUGGCGUGGAACGUAGAGAAGCAGCGGCGAACUUGGCAGCAGCAGUGGCACUCCCUGAAAGCUGAGCGCCGCACGUCAGUGUCUGGAGUUGAAGGGUUCACGUUUCUCAGUAACUCCCCAGCAAAAUAAAUGUUUCCUUGUUGUGUUGACUUUGCCUUUUAGGGAAAAAUAUGUUUCAUGAAAUACUUGUAAGAUACUUAUUUUGCAGUUAAUUCAGAAGCAUUCAUAUUUUUAUGUUAGGACUGAAUUCAAAGGGAAAUGCUUCUUUGACUUUUUUUUAAGUGUUUGGUUGACUUUCAGCUUUCCGUAGUUACUAUCAAAGCAGCAGUGAUGGGUGCUAUUCCCGGUUCUGCAAUGGUUUACUUUGCCUACUAAGUGAUUUACUUUAAAACCUCAUUACAGAUAAUCUUACUAAAGAGUUACCAUGCACUCUGCUAAAAGGUGUUUUACUGUUUUCCAUUAACACUGUUGUAUGAACAAUGUUUUAUGAAAUGUCUUUUUGUCCUGUAGAUGGCCAUAGCUGUUAUGUAGUUACCAUACUGGCAAUCUUUUGAUUGUUUUUUCCUCUAGAAAACCCUCAGACUGUACGUCAAUCUCCCAUAUUCUGAAUAUUAUAAUGGUGUGGCCGUUUCUGUUGAAAGAUUACUUGCAAGUGUGUGUGUGUUGGAAAUAACCUCUUGUGUUUCUGUGUUUCUGUGAGUUCUAAGAGGUCAGAUAAGCUCUGGAAAAUUCAUCACAUGUACCUGCACAUGACUGUGUAUCUGAGUUACAUGGUCAGGCGGUAUGGAAUCCUGCUCUUAGAUCAGGUGGCUGAAAGAUAAGGGUUCCUGAACUCCACUUGCUAUGUAUGUACCACAUCUGUACUUCAGAGAGGUGACAUCUUCUAUAACAUUGCAUUUCCUUGUGGUUGUGCUGUUACUGGUAUAAAGUCAAGUGCCUUCAAUGCUAAAGGCUCAGAAAUUUUUCUUAAACUGAUUUCAUGUCCUAUGCAAGUGUUUUCUACAACCUGCAUAACCAGUACUUUGUAAAACUUGUUUACGCUUCAAUUGUACAUAGUGAUUUUUAAAGAAAUAUAUAGUAUUUUUAUUUAGGUACCUCCAAACUUGAAUUCGUCUGUGUGAAGCAUUGUAAAACGAUACAUUUCUCUUUUGAGUACCAUUACAGUUGUACAGAGGUUUUCAUUGGUUCUAUUUUUCUACUGUUACUGAUAAGCAUGUAACACUGACUUUAUCCUACAUAUAGUUGGCAUUUCAAAUAAAUGGCUUGUAUAGAA